AUGACAGUGCACCGCGCAAAGCAGAUUUUGUCGCAUCUCAGUACUCCGCGUUCAAAUUCAAAUGAACCCUCAUCAACAUCACCCUCAACAAGCGAGCUAUCUAUACUCUCAGGUCCAAAAGAUGUGCCUCUCUGGGAGAUACCAUUUGGUAAAUUGUUGGACCAGCGAGUUGCUCUAGAUGGUGGAAAUCGUGAUUGUUGCGUCUCACCGGCGACGAACGGCCGCUGGACAUAUGCGCAGUUACAGGAACGGAGUAGACAUCUUGCACGCGGUCUGAUGGCGUUGGGAAUACAAAAAGGGGAUCAUAUCGGUAUAUUGGCGGGCAAUUGUGAGCGUUAUGUAGAACUUUUCUGUGCUUGUGGAAGGCUCGGUGCUGUUCUGGUUGUCCUAAAUUGCACAUACACGGUGCCCGAGGCCGAAAGAGCACUUGCUUUUGCUGACUGCAAGAUUCUGUUCACUUCAUACACAAUCGGAAAAAAUAAUAAUGCAGCACUCAUUAAUAGUCUUCACUCCAGGCUGACGUCCGGAUCGUGUAACAUUACUGCUGAUCAGAAAUUGAUAUUAAGGCACAUCUGCUUAAUUCGAGAGCCUAAGAGCGAAGAUGUCACAUCCCCGUUAUCUGGAUUAAUCUCGUAUGAGGAAAUCUUAAAGAUGGCAUCAACAAUACCCGAGACAAAACUUUCAGCCAUAGAAGCAACAGUGAGCUGUCACGAUGUUUUCAAUAUACAGUUUACGAGCGGGACAACGGGCGCUCCCAAAGCUGCCAUGCUCACACAUCACAACAUCAUAAACAAUGGACAGGCCAUAGGGGAUCGCAUGAGACUGACCCAAGAGGAUAUUCUGUGCUGCCCCCCGCCGCUGUUUCAUUGCUUUGGUCUUGUCCUUGGACUGCUUGCUUGCAUCACGCAUGGAUCGAGUAUCGUAUUCCCCAGUCCAACAUUCAGCCCAGCAGCAACGCUACAAGCCAUAACUCAGGAGAAUUGCACAGCAGUUCAUGGUGUGCCAGCAAUGUUCGCAGCUGAAUUGCAACUGGCGCGGCCAUCUGAUUUUGGAUCCACGAGACUGCGAACGGGUAUCGCUGCCGGGUCACCUGUCCCGCCCGCGCUGAUGAAAGAUAUCCAGCAGAUUUUCCGCAUGAAUGGACUCACGAAUACCUACGGCAUGACGGAGACAUCGCCGGCGAGCUUCAUGACCUCCAUAACGGAUCCGGUGGAGACACGAUUGAACACGGUGGGAACCAUAUUACCUCAUGUUAGCGCGAAGGUCAUCGACGAGAACGGAAACAUCGUGAAGAGAGGAGUGCCUGGCGAGCUCUGCGUCGCGGGUUACCUGUUAUGCAAGGGCUACUACCGGGAUGAAGAAAACACAAAGGCGGCAAUGCGGCGAGAUGAGAAUGGGGUGCUCUGGAUGCAUACUGGAGAUCAGGUCACUAUCGACACCGAUGGAUACUGUCGGGUGACAGGACGCAUAAAGGACAUUAUCAUCAGAGGUGGGGAGAAUAUUGCUCCACAGGAGAUCGAGAACCAUUUGCUAGAACAUCCCUCAAUUAUUCAAGCCAGCGUGAUUGGCGUCCAGCACGGCCGACUCGGCGAAGUAGUCGGAGCCUUCCUCGCACAUCAUCCUGAGAAGCCCCGACCAACGCUCGACGACAUCCGCAGCCAUGUGAGAGCAAAAUUGGGAGCACAUAAAGCCCCAGAGCAUGUUUUCUGGCUUGGCGAUGACGGAGUUGUGGAUGCUCUGCCGGUGACAGGCAGCGGAAAGGUCAGGAAAGACCAGCUGAGAAACAUAGCCAAUGCUUUGGUAAAGGAGACUUGA